GGUCUCUCUGGGCUUCCGUUGAGCACCGAGCAAGAUGGCAGCCUCCGAGACGGUUAGGCUACGGCUUCAGUUUGAUUACCCGCCGCCAGCUACCCCGCACUGCAUGGACUUCUGGCUUCUGAUCGACUUGAACAGAUGCCGAGUAGUCACGGAUCUCAUAAGUCUCAUCCGCCAGCGUUUCGGCUUCAGUUCUGGGGCCCCCCUCGGCCUCUACUUGGAGGGGGGGCUCUUGCCCCCCGGCGAGAGCGCGCGCCUAGUACGAGACAACGAUUGCCUCAGAGUUAAAUUAGAAGAGAGAGGAAGCGCCGAGCAUCCUGUAAUAGUCAGUAAUGGUGACGGUCCUCAUUUCUUACCUAGAAAAGCAAAGAAGCGGUCAUUUAAGUUAGAAGAGGAUGAAGAAGCUGAACUAGAUUACAGAAAUUCAAAGAAGCACUUGAAGAGGCAAGAGAACAACCAUGAAAAUAUCUUGGAUCAAGAACCAAAAGCUGCCACAGAUCAGAGUGCGAGGAAAAAAAACAAGAGGAAAAACAAAGCCACCUGUGGUGUAGUAGAUGAUGACGGCGAAGAGACCAAAAGGAAAUCACCAAAGAAAAAGGAGAAAUGUCAAUAUAAAAAACAGACGAAGAAUUCCAAGGCCUCUAAAGCACAGACAGGGAAAGAGUGGACCGUCCAGAAGUGUGGUCCUUCAAAAGGUCCUGCUAGAAACAGCCUUGUGAAAGCCAAAAGGAAAGGUGGUAUGGACAUGCAUACACAAGAUAGUCCCAGUUCCUCCUCAGAGUCUGAAUCUUAUCAUGGGUCCACCAGCGACGGUGUCAGCAAUGUCAUCUUGGAGGUCAGAAAUUCCUCAGAGAAAAUAUCAGCUGCAUUAUCAAAGGAAGGACCCUCUGUAAAAAACACAAUUGCAAACAAAAUGGCUACAAAAACUGGCUUUAACUCCACCCCCAUCAAGGACAAGGCAAGCAGAACAUCAUCUAGUUCAGACUCUAGUUCAGAGUCAGAUGACGGAUGCAGAGUGUCCAAGAGCGCUGUGGAGCGGCCUGCAGGUUUCUUAAAGACGGCGGGCCUCUUUGCAGGAAAAGGUUGUCUCGGUCCAGGACCAUCAUCAAAGACUCCAAAUGCUAUUGGAUGGAAGCACUCUGACUCAAAUGGUGGCAGACAGGCCCCUGGUCCUCCUCCCAGCGUGACUCUCCCCACCAGUUUGGGAAGAGGUUUCGGUAGAGGAGAGGACCUUCUUUCUUGGAAGGGGGCUAGGGGUCGGGGCAUGCGGGGGAGAGGUCGAGGACGAGGGCUUGCUCUUCCCUACAUUUUAAAUAGGAACCCUGAAUAUCUGAAGCAGCAGCAUUUAAAUGAAAUGAUAACAAACUCGUCUACUAUCAUCCAGAAUACAGUAGAGACACACAAGAAGGACUACAGCCUGUUACCGCUGUUAGCAGCUGCCCCCCAAAUUGGAGAAAGGAUUGCAUUUAAGCUUUUGGAACUAACAUCCGAUUAUUCUCCUGAUGUCUCUGACUACAAGGAAGGAAAAAUAUUAAGCCACAAUCCAGAGACCCAGCAAGUAGAUAUAGAAAUUCUUUCAUCUUUACCUGCUGUGAAAGAACCUGGGAAAUUUGAUUUGGUUUAUCACAAUGAAAAUGGAACUGAGGUCGUGGAGUAUGCUGUGACACAGGAGAAAAGGAUCACUGUUUUCUGGAGAGAUUUGAUUGAUCCAAGACUGAUUGUUGAAUCUCCAAGUAACACAUCAAAUACAGAGCUUGCCUGAGUAUGACCUCUCCACCUCGUAGUUUAUAAAUGUCUUGUUUGUAAAAGUGACUAUAACCUGACCUUUAAAAAAAAAAAGAUUUGAAAGUUGUAUGCAUUUUUUUAUCUUCACUUGACUGUGUAGGAAAAAGUCUACCUCAUUGUUUAAAAUAACAUGGGCGUGUUGCUUUUCUAGACCUUUCUUUUCAGGUUUAACUUUAGUAACAAAAUUUAAAACAUGACAUUCCCUGCAGGCAUUGUUAUAUACUAGUAUGUAUGGUUUCUUCUCUCUCUUUCUUUUUUUUUUUUACCAUCAAGUAGCCAUUGUCAGUCGGAGUUUAUAAUACCAAGUACAAAAAAGUGUUGCAUAUCUUGUCUCUGUAAGUUUUACUAAGUAGCAUUUUAAAACACAAAAGCAUGUUACUUGACCUAAUUUUUUACAUUUGAGUUGUUCUAUUAAAUGUGGAACAUCUUACAAAUUUCAAGUAUUUUAUACUUCUAAUUGUCAAGAAUAGCGAGUAGUUGGGUUUGUUGCAGGCAGUGAGUUAAGAAAUCCUUUCACAUUUUCCCCAACUUUAAAAUGAAGGAUUCUCAGUGCUCUGUACAGAGCAGUGAGAAUAAGAGCUGAGGUAUGUGCCUGGGGGAAAAACUGGUGUUCCAUUGGGUGAGAGGACUUGCCAGGAAUUCAGACCAGGGAAUGUGUUAUCUUGCUGUCAGAUCCCAAGUGCCUGGCUGAGUGUGCUGGAGCGAGGGUCGUGAACAGAUAUUCCUUUUUCUGUUAUUAUUCAACACAAAGCUAAAAUGGCUAAAUAUAUACUGUGAACAUUACUUUCUUCCAACAAAAGAUCAGAUCCCUCCUUCAGCUUUGCAGAUUUUUAAAUAAAAUUGUAUUGAACGAAACUUC